AUGAAUACUAUUACCCCAACAAUGACCCUAGCCGUAUUUUUAUCCUUAACACUAACUAUUAGCAAACUAUUCACCAACCCCAAUUUAAAUUACACAAAAAAUAGUCUAAUAACCACAUUUAUCAUAAGUCUUGUCCCACUAACUCUUCUACUAAACAACGAGAAUGAAACUACAUUAUCCACAUCACCCAUCAUUAACACAACCACAAUGAAUAUUAACAUUAGCUUUAUCCUAGACACACCCUCGCUAACCUUCAUCCCUAUCGCCUUAUUCGUUACAUGGUCUAUCAUCGAAUUCUCAGUAUGAUACAUAUCAACAGACCCCUACAUCAACAAAUUCAUCAAAUACCUUUUCAUCUUCCUAAUCGCAAUACUAACCAUCAUCACAGCAAACAACAUAUAUCAACUAUUCAUCGGCUGAGAAGGAGUCGGCAUCAUAUCAUUCCUGCUAAUCGGAUGAUGAUAUGCCCGAUCAGACGCAAACACCGCAGCCCUACAGGCUAUUAUCUACAAUCGAAUCGGCGACAUUGGCCUUAUCAUAACCACAGCAUGACUUUUACUACUAUCCUCCAUAAACAUACAAGAACUCUUCACACAACACGAAACCAUCAGCAUUAUCCCACUUAUAGGCCUAAUCGCUGCAGCCACUGGAAAAUCCGCCCAAUUCGGCCUCCACCCAUGACUUCCAGCCGCCAUAGAAGGUCCAACACCAGUAUCCGCUCCACUCCACUCAAGCACAAUAGUUGUAGCAGGUAUUUUCCUAUUAAUCCGCCUACACCCAAUCAUACAGAAUAAUGAACUCGCACUAACCAUCUGUCUGAUCCUAGGGGCAACAACAACCAUAUUCGCAGCCGCUGCAGCAACAACCCAACAUGAUAUCAAAAAGAUCAUCGCAUUAUCAACAACCAGCCAAUUAGGCUUAAUAAUGACAAUAAUUGGACUAAACCAACCAACACUAGCCUUUCUACACAUAGCCACCCACUCCUUUUUCAAAGCACUUCUAUUCUUAUGCUCAGGAUCCUUCAUUCACAAUUUAGAAAACGAACAAGACAUCCGAAAAAUAGGGAAUCUUAAUAAGACUAUACCAAUAACCUCAUCCACCAUUACAAUUGCCAGUCUAACACUAAUAGGUAUACCCUUCCUUUCAGGGUUCUAUUCAAAAGACACCAUCAUUGAAACCAUCAUAAACUCCCACACUAACUCAUGAGCCUUAAUCAUGACGCUAAUCGCAACCAUAUUCUCCGCCACAUACAGCAUACGUAUUAUUCACCUCACACUAGCAGGAUACCCCCGUACCAAACAAAACCCCCAUCAAGAGACAAAAGCCCCAACCAAACCCAUCCUACGGCUUACCCUCGGAUCAAUCUUCGUAGGCACAAUCACUAAACUCUCAACCCUACAGACAACCACAAUGCACACUAUACCAAAAACUAUCAAACUAACAGCACUAAUUAUUACCCUAACAGGAAUCAUACUAUCAACAGACUUACUAUUCUUAACUACCAAACAACCCCCACAAAAACCAAAAACAUUAAACCUAUUCUUUAAUCAAUUGGCAUUCUUCAAUCUACUCCACCGGACAAUCCCAAUAAAAACACUUAAAUUCAGCCAACAAGCCUCAACAGAACUAAUUGAUCUAUGGACCUUAGAAAACUACGGACCAAAAGGCCUAUCAAACACCUCAAUCCCAUUAAUCCAUAUAACAACUCAACAAAAAAACCUGAUUAAAAACUAUAUAACCACUUUUACCAUAACAAUUAUCAUCACACUAAUACUUAAUUACAUCUAA